AUGAGCGACGGAGGUGCAAAACGACAAGGCGGAAGACCAUUACCGCCGCCGCCAAGAGGCCCCCCUCCUCCAUCGUCCCGCCCUCGCCUCGAACCCGUCGAUCGCGAAAAGACUUGUCCCUUGCUCUUGCGUGUUUUCACUAAGAUUGGAAGUCAUCAUACGAUGGAUGAUUUUUCGGUUAGAGGGAAAGAACCUAAAGAUGAAGUUCAGAUUUAUACUUGGAAAGAUGCUACUCUUAGAGAGUUAACCGAUCUUGUCAAAGAAGUGGCUCCUGCUGCAAGAAGAAGAAAUGCAAAACUCUCUUUUUCUUUCGUGUUUCCUGAUAAAAAUGGUCGUUUCAAAGUUCAAGAGGUGGGUAAGACCCUAUCUUUUGGAAAUGGAAGAUUAGAUGAUAACAAGGCUUUAGCUGAGCUUGGUUUUGAGAUUGGCGAUUACUUGGACGUGGCUAUUCUGUAG